GUAACCAAACACAAGCUCCCCUUUUGCUCUUAUUCCGGACUAGGGCUACCAGUUUACCAAUCGCUCCUCUCAUCACAGUUCUAUUCCUUGUCCACAAACACCAUAGUCGGUAUAUGGUUUGAUUGUGUUGUUAAUUGGGACAAUGGGUAGCCAAACUCCCAUUAACAAAGAUCGUUCAAGAACUUAUUGGACUCCAACAAUGGAGCGAUACUUUGUAGAUCUCAUGCUUGAACAUAUGAAUUUAGGGAAUAGGGUUGGACAUACAUUCAAUAAACAAGCAUGGAAUGACAUGCUAGCUGUCUUCAAUGCAAAAUUUGGAUCACAAUAUGAUAAAGAUGUACUCAAAAGUCGUUACACAAAUUUAUGGAAGCAGUUUAAUGAUGUCAAGAUUAUGCUUUCCCAAAGUGGAUUUUCAUGGGAUGAAACAAGAAACAUGGUGGUUGCAGAUGAUUAUAUUUGGGAUUCUUACAUCAAGGCUCACCCUGAUGCAAGACAAUAUAGGACAAAAAGUGUGCAGAAUUUCAGUGAUUUAUGUUUGAUUUAUGAGCAUACAACUGCUGAUGGAAGAUACAGUCGUUCAAGUCAUGAUGUUGAUAUUGAUGAUGAAGUCAAUGGAGUGAAUUUAGGUGAUGGGAUACAAAGUGUAAUUCCUUCAAAUACUGAGAGAUCAAGAACCGAUUGGACAACAGAAAUGGACAAUUUUCUCACAGAGUUACUGUUACAUCAAGGGCAAAAAGAUAUAAUGAUAUUGCUGAAACAAGAUGAUUUUUUAUGGGACACAAAGGAGCAAAAGGUUGUUGCUAAUGAUGAUGUUUGGGAUGCCUACUUAAAGACACAUCCACAAGCAAGAACAUAUAGAACAAAAUCAAUGCCAAAUUAUAAAGAUUUGGAAUUGAUUUUUGGAAGUGAUAUUGUUAAUGGAUCUCAAAAGGAUCUUGACGAAGACAUUGGAUCAAAGACUGGAAAUGAACGUUCUAGAACAUACUGGACCCCACCAAUGGACCGAUAUUUGGUUGACUUAUUGGUUGACCAUGUAAACAAAGGCAACAAAAUUGGGCAUACAUUUAUUGCUCAAGCUUGGAUUGAAAUGGUGAAAUCAUUCAAUGCCAAUUUCAACUCAAAUCAUGACAAAGAUGUUUUAAAGAAUCGAUACAAACACUUAAAGAGACAGUACAAUGACAUAAAUACCCUUUUAGGGGAAACAGGCUUUUCUUGGGAUGAUACACGAGAAAUGGUGGUAGCUCAAGAUCAUAUUUGGGAUGCUUACAUUAAGGUACAUCCUGAUGCAAGAUGUUAUAGGGUUAAAAUGGUCUCUAGUUACAAUAAACUGAGUGUUAUUUAUGGUGAAGAUAAUUCUGAGGGGCGUUAUGGUCGUUUGGCUCGAGAUGUCUCAAUUAUAGGUGAAAGUGAUGGAAUCAUCUUAUUACCAAACAACUCAACAACAAAUUCCAAUACUCCAACAAAAAUAGAAGACACAAAUCCAAUCCAAAUAAAUCCUCAAGAAAUCGUGACACCCAUCAACAAAAAGCGCCCAACAAAGUUGCCAUUAACUCUACAACCUGCUUGCAAAGUGCAAAAAAUCCAAAAAGAUGAUAUAAAAGAAGCUUUGGUAAAUAAAAAGACGGAUGAUAACAAGUUUAAUGCAAUAGAAAAAGCAGUUGAUGCACUUCAAGCAAUACCCGAUUUAGAUGAUGAACUUUUGUUAGAUGGUUGUGAUGUUCUUGAAAAUGAGAAAAAAGCAAAAACUUUUUUGGCAUUGGAUGCGUCUUUACGGAAGAAAUGGUUGUUGAGAAAGCUUGGGCGCUAGCAUAGAGUCUUUAACCUUUUUUUUGGACCAUUUUUGUCAAGAUUCUAGUUUUACAAGUCACUUUUUGAUUUGAUUAAAAAAAAUCUUGGUUUCUUAAUUUUCAUCUAGUAGAAUGUUGGAACUCUUUAUGUUACUAUUUAAGACUCUAUGCUAUGUUCCUUAAGGGAUUGUGAAGGUAAUCCAAUCCAUUGACAAGCUCGAUGCAUAUCUUGAGACAUUAAAACCACGUGACACUUGUGCAGACAAUGAUUUGUCUUGUACAAGUGUCACAUGGGGUGUAAUGACUCGAGAUAUUCAUUGGGAUUGUUGAUGGAUUGGAUUCUUUUCAUAAUCAUUUGAAGAAUAUAUCAAGGAGUUUUGCAUGGUGACAAAAAGAGUUCCAACAUUCAUUGGAUGAGAAGUAGGAAGCUAAGCUUUUUUUUAGUGAGAUUACAUUAUAUAAUACUUGUAAGCCAUUGUCUUCUCUUCAAUUUAUAGUCAUAGAAGAACAUACCAAGGAGGAGUUGUUGAUAGAGUAUGCUUGAAUUAGACUAUACUAUGGAUAUUUUGUCCCUUAAUGUGAAGAUUGAAGAAUGCAUUCUAUAAUGAACACUAGCC